AUGCAGCUCACCUUUUCAGCCACAGCCAAACAAGUUAUCAAAAUGACUGGGAAGGCCAAAGCUACUCUAGAAGAACAGAUUAUUAGAACUUUGUCAAAGAAGCAUAAAAACAACAGCAGUGGGGAUAGUGGGAACAUGAACCUGAAGAAGGCCAAAAAAACCCUACUGCCUAGUAACACUUCCACCAAUGGUGCAGGAUCUAUGGAUGAAGAUGAGCUAGUUGACAAAAAUAGGCCUGUAACAGCACCAUUGUCUCCAUGUCCAGAGUUGAUUUCUAGUCAGCAGGCUGUUGUGCAUACUGAGAAAGAAGAGAAUGCAUUGUACAAAGAUGAUGAGAUGACAGAAGAUGAGCUUUGUAUGUGCAAUAACCUCAAUGCAAAUAUCAUAUUAAUCAAGCACAAAACAGAACACCUUAUGAGGGAUUUGAACUCACCAAUGGUCAUUGUGCUCAUUAUUUCAAGUGCCAAUGGCAAAGAGAAAGUUAUGUACUCCAACCAUCAAAAUCCAGGGAAGAUGAACAAGGUAUAUAAUGAAGACAGAUUUGGUGAUGAGGCUGAGUUGUUGGAUGAGGAGGUUAUAUAUGUGACCUGUCUCAAAGUACAGUUUGAUGCACAACUUGUGCCAAUACCUUUUCAAUCAUUCUCUAUGUGA